AUGUCGCAGAAGGUUGUCAUUGUCGGCUCUGGCGUGUUUGGCAUGUCCACUGCCCUCUGGAUGCUCGAGGAACGCCCGGGCAAGUACAACGUUACCAUUCUUGAGAAGUGCGAGACUGUCCCCGCCCCUGAUGCUGCGUCGACGGACAUCAACAAGAUUGUCCGUGCUGGUGACUACGAGGACCCUGCCCUUGCCAAGCUCUCUGUCGAUGCUGUCAAGUUCUGGAAGCGUCCAGACUGGGAGGGCACGUACCACGAGUCUGGUGUCAUGUGUCUCGCCGGUGACGACCCUGCCGGCCGUGCGUACGUCGACGGCUCGAUGAAUAACUGUAUCGCCAUGGACCUGGGUCCCACUCGCAUCGAGACCCCUGAGGAGAUCAAGAAGCACUUCCCCGCCGGCCUCAAGACCGGUGCCUUCCCCCAGCGAACCGGCUACUUCAACAAGCAGGGUGGUUGGGCCGAGGCUGCUCGAGCCAUCGAGGUUGGCCACAAGCGCAUUCUCGCCGCGGGUGGUGUUAUUCGUGGCGGCUGUGAGGCCGUCUCGUUCCAGAAGACUGGCAAGAAGGUCACUGGCGUCGUCCUCAAGAGCGGCGAGGUGGUCACUGCCGACCUCGUCCUUGUUGCCGCCGGCGCUUGGACUCCUUCCCUUCUUGCCUCUCCCUCUAUUAGCUGCUUCCUGCCCCCCGUUGUCGCUACUGGCCAGGUCGUUGCCAUGAUCAAGCUCACUCCCGAGGAGUACAACAUCCAGACUCAGGCCCCCGUCGUUUUCAACCUCGACGAUGGCUACUACAUCUUCCCUCCCACCAAGGACCGUAUUGUGAAGAUGGCCAUCCACGGUGCUGGCUACACCAACACUGUUGCCCACGGCGGCAAGGUUUCUGUCCCCCGCACCAAGCUCACCCCCGGUGCUGAGAACGGCGCCAUCCCUGUUGAAGCUGUGCGCAAGAUCCGUCAGCACCUUGCCGACCACUACCCCGAGCUUGCCAAGAAGCCUUUCGUCGACACCCGUCUCUGCUGGUACUGCGACACUGUCACUGGUGACUGGCUCAUCGACUACCACCCCGAUUACGAGAACCUCGUGAUUGCUACCGGCGGUUCGGGCCACGCCUUCAAGUUUGCGCCCAACAUCGGCCGCGAGAUCCUGGCCAUUAUCGAGCGCAACGGUGACGCCGAGUUCCGUGACCGUUUCUCGUUCUCACCCUCGGAGAACGUCGGUGCCGACGUUCGCAACGGUGUCCGCAAGGAGAUCGUCGUGAACGACCUUGCCACCACCACUGACCUCCUUCCUGGUGCUGGCCGCACGGCCGGUCGCCUCUAA